AUUAACGCGAAAUAAGAACGUUUCGUUUUAUUAUAACGCGUUACUUUUUAUCACAUGCAAUAGUCUUCAAUGUAGGCGCUCAAUCCACUAACAAUAGUUAUCUGUGGUUGCCUAAAUCUUCCUGAUACCUUUGGUUUCUGUUUACUAAGAUUUAAGAUUCAAAGAAAGGUGUUCAUUUUAUCAACAUAUGAACGCUAAAAAUGCAAACAACUAAUUAGCUAUGUAGCUCAUAUUCUAACUUCUUUUUACUACUGUAGCGUACGUAUUUAUCAGCUGAUCUCGACGCUUAUCCGACUCGACUGUUAUGCGUUUAUUAAAAUUUACGUUUCAGAAGGUUUAUUGCACGCCCGCAUGAGAUGCAGGCAUUUAUUGAUUUUAUUUGAUGCUUUUGGCCUUUCAAACGCUUUACACCAACCGUGAAGAGAGCUGUUAAGUCAAGGAAGACCGACAGUGAUAGAGUAUUUUUCCUUCAAACUAUUACUGCGGAAGAUCUUACUCGUCUCUUUUCAAAUAAAUUUUCAACAGACCUAAAUGGUUUUCAAAAAGACUGCAGGCUUCAGUGUGCGGUAUUAGUGGACACAAUGAAGUCUGGGUCGAAAGGUUCAACAAUGAAUUUUGACCUUCGACUUCAAGUUUAACUGAAAGAACGAAUUGCUUACAAAACGGCACUUGCGGCUUUGGCUGCUUUUCGUUUUUCUCGUGUUUCGUUCGGGAUCUUUCCGUUAUUUAUCGGUGGGAUUUCAGAACAUCGCAACAUGCCGGUCGAUGAAGCGCUUAAGUUUCUCUCGCAGAAUUUCCGCGAGCAUUUGGAACGGCAAAGAGACCGCGACGCUGCUGACGAUGAACGGGAGGUGAAAUUUUUGCUCAAACUUCUCAUCGAGUCUCGUUAUAUUUCCAUCCGUGAAUACGAUCUGCUAAUCCAACACCUUACAAACAAGCGUGAUCAGCUGAUUGAGGAAGAGAUGGGCGAAGGCCGGCGGGCUCCAAGUCCACAUAGAGAUCCACCUCCAUCGCAUGCAAUGGGAGGUGCCAGAGGGGGCUCUUCGUCACAGCAUCGGCCUGCUCACGAUUCGCCAAACCCGAUGAAGCAAGCAAUGACUAUCGAGCAACAGAACCAGCAACUGCAUGAAAAGAUUCGUAAUUUAAUUGGAACGCCUCCGAGCGGGCUUGCACCUGCAGCUGCACCCGUUUUGGGUGCGGGAGUUGGUAUUGGGUCGCCCGCAACUGCGCCGCUUCAAGCCCCACCGGCUCCUUUUGGCUUGCCAGGUGGCCUCAGCGGUGCAGGCGGCAUGGGACAACAGCAGCCUCCAGCUCCAUUUGUUAACUUAAACAACCCCUCCGUGCAGGAGGCACUUGAUAAACUCAUAAAGCAGGGUGCUCUUGGCACACAGCUGGCCAUGGGAAUUCCUGAAGACCCUCGUGGUCGGCGGGAUGAUAUGGGUGGCCCCGCGGGAGGCGACAAAGAGCCGUUCCCAUUGAGCCGAGGUGGACAGGGUGGAUAUGGCCAAGGCGGUGGAGGUCCGUUUGACGGGUACGGUAAUGGCGGAAACGGAGCUUAUGGUGGAGGUUAUGGUGGGGGAGCUUAUGGACCAGGCAGAGACAGGUCUCCUCCGAGGGGACUCUAUGGAUCUGGGGAUGGAGGUAGAUACUGAGGGAUGCUACAGACCACUACAAAUAAUGAAAAUUAAAUAAGUAACUUCGUUUGCUAAAGUGUUCCCUUUCCUCCCCCACCUCUCCCCAUAUAUAGAUAAAAGAAAUUUAGGCGAGCCAAUUUGUCUAGUUGCAUCCGAAUCGUUCUGCAUAGAUAGCCUCUUGGAGCAAAAAGGUCUUCAAAUAUCUGUUAAAUGAAUACCUAAUGAUUUAUUUGCGUGUAGGGUUACCUAUGCUGAUAACCGCUUUUACAUUCGCCAACCUUACCCUAUAAUAAUGUACAGAUGGACCGUAUGAGGAAAGUUUGCUUAUAUUUGGCUGUAAUAACAUAAAAAGUGAAAAGCAUGCCGAACUCACCGCCACAACUGAACCAGCAUGUUAUUUUUUUUGAAGUCGUCACCAACUUUUGACAAUAAUUAAUAACCACUGAGACCAACAGUGGUCAUCUGCAAUCGCUAAGUCUUUGCCAGGAUCUCAAGGGUAUCUUUGUAACGAGUACGGUACACUUUUUCUUCACUCAACUUUGGGGUAACCAUAUUUCAACAGAAAAAGAAGAAUGAACUGUCAAAACAAUUUUUUGUUGAACUGUUUAUUUUCGCUUGUUCCUUGGUGCCCUGUGGUUUGCAUACCGCCUUAUAUAGGCAAGCAUAUUAGGCUGCGUCCCGUGAUGCUGCGAAAUUGCCGGAGUGGCCAGUUGUAUUUUUAUUGGCGACACAAUUGACCCGCUUCCGUUCAUUAAACAUAGUAAAAGGUAGUGCGCCGAUGACAAGUUGUUGUCGACGUUGUUUGCUUUGUCAUUAACGAAACCAUUGGUUUCGUGUUAAAACUCCGUGAGAACACAGAGGCAGAGCUCGAAACGCUCGUGCGGCAACCUGGUGACUCUCAAUGUAAGAACGCCGCCUCGAUGGAGGUCUUCGUUCAACGUCACCUUAACGUCUUCGGAGUGGUCUGACUAAAAGGCACAAAACGAGACGCCGUUUCGGACUAUGAUGUUUCUGCUGCUCCUAGAUCAAGCAACUUUCUUUUUUUGCUGCUCGAUAAAUUGCCGGUGGACCGUAUAUUUUUCUCUUCUAUUUUUUGUUUCGCUUUUUUUCAACACGUCCGUUUAUGACAUUUUUACAAAUUCUAACUUAUUAUAAUUAUGAUGAAUGGACUUUGCAUAGUUUCAGCCGGGUAUCAAUUUACUACACAGCGCACACUGUACCAACGACGAGUUUUGUGGGUCAUUCAUACAGCUUGUUUGCUGUUGGCCGACCUGUAGAAAAAGUGUUAUCCAUAUAUGAAUCAACGUGAUAUAAUUGACUCGUAAUGAAGAUGCAGUUAGGCGAUUGAGAACAAUGUAACUUGGUGAUAAGCUAUUGUCAUUAGAUGUUUUUUUCUGGUAGAUCGAUGUUAAGAACGUAUGCUGAAACAAACACAUGCACGAUGCUAGUUUUCAUCGCCGAGAAAACUGAGUACGUAUGGACUGUAAUUGUGAUUUUGCUGAGUCUGUUACCAUUCAGAUAACACUUCGGGUCACAUUACUUCAUAAGAGCAACAGUCCUUAGAAUCUACCACAAUAAUAUCAUAUUGUAAAUGAUAGUAAUUUAGCUUCAGUUGUGAAAUUGCUGAGAUUAUUACACGAAGAUCAAGGGGUCAGCAAAAUAAGUGACCGGGGAGUAAUAACCUGGCACGCAUAUGCGAGACUCAAUGUGCUUUAAACAUAACGCAAUCACUAACAGGAAGCGACUGAAUUUUAUGUAGCUAUAAUGCUAUACCUUCCAUAGGCAAGUAUGCCAGAAUUACCGGUUUAUAUGGGAAGAUAUACGAAUAAAGCUCUCUCUCUCUCUUGCUAUAUAUAUAUAUAUAUAUAUAUAUAUAUAUAUAUAUAUAUAUAUAGAUACAUACAC